AUGGCAAUCGUCUUCGUCUUCCUCUUCCUCUCUCUCUUCCUCUGCAUUCACUUCUCAAGUGCUGAGCCGUUUGUAGGAGUGAACUACGGCCAGGUGGCAGACAACUUGCCGCCGCCGCCGGCCACCGCGAAGCUUCUACAAUCCACGUCGAUAGAGAAAGUCAGGCUGUACGGUGCGGAUCCGGCGAUCAUCAAGGCUCUAGCUAACACCGGGGUCGGAAUCGUUAUCGGAGCUGCGAAUGGGGAUAUUCCGGCUUUGGCCUCCGAUCCCAACUCAGCUGCUCAGUGGAUUAACUCGAACGUUUUGCCUUUCUACCCCGCUAGCAACAUCAUUCUCAUCACUGUUGGCAACGAGGUUUUGACUACAAAUGACCCGAACUUGAUAAACCAACUGCAACCAGCGAUGCAAAAUAUGCAAAACGCCAUUAACGGGGCGAAACUCGGUGGUAAGAUCAAGGUCUCAACGGUUAACUCAAUGGCGGUGCUGAGUCAAUCCGACCCGCCGUCUUCCGGGUCGUUUAGCCCGAGUUAUCAACCGGCAUUGAAAGGCUUGCUUCAGUUCCACAAGGAUAACGGAUCCCCCUUUGCCAUUAAUCCUUACCCGUUUUUCGCUUACGAAAGUGACUCGAGACCUGAAACGCUUGCUUUCUGCUUGUUUCAACCCAACGCCGGACGAGUUGACUCGGGAAACGGCGUCAAGUACAUGAACAUGUUCGAUGCUCAGGUUGAUGCUGUGCAUUCUGCUUUGGGUGGUAUGGGGUUCAAGGAUGUCGAGAUUAUGGUUGCCGAGACAGGAUGGCCGUAUAACGGCGACAGUAACGAAGUCGGACCUAGUGUCGAAAAUGCGAAAGCAUACAACGGGAAUUUGAUUGCACACUUGAGAUCAAUGGUUGGGACUCCAUUGAUGCCUGGGAAAUCUGUGGAUACUUACCUCUUCGCACUCUAUGACGAGGACUUGAAACCGGGCCCUGGUUCCGAACGCGCAUUCGGACUUUUCAAGCCCGACCUUUCCAUGACAUACGAUAUCGGCAUUUCGAAGAGUAGUCGGACUCCAUCGACCCCUAAAACACCGGUGACUCCCCAACCGAAACCGACCGCAACCGGCUGGUGCAUGCCUAAGGCCGGUGUCUCUGAUGCUCAAUUGCAGUCGAGUCUAGAUUAUGCCUGCAGCCAAGGCAUCGACUGCGGCCCGAUCCAACCAGGAGGUGCCUGUUUCGAACCGAAUACCGUAGCAUCGCACGCAGCUUACGCCAUGAACCUUUACUACCAGUCUUCUGCCAAGAAUCCAUGGAAUUGCGACUUCUCACAGACGGCAACACUAACAUCCCAAAAUCCUAGUUACAGUAAUUGCAUCUACCCAGGUGGGAGCACUUGAAAGAACUUUAGUGUAAAAGAAAUGGGGUCACCCUUUGCUUCUUGCAUGUCUUAGUGUGUACCAUGUUUUCAAGCAUAAAAGUAUUAUAUUAUGGUCAAUGAUUAAUGCCUAAACUCUGUAGAUUCAUGUCAGUUUUUUGUUGUUUUUGAUCCACUAUUAUUAAUUUUUUCUAUUAUGAUUUAGUUAUGAA